AUGCGGCAAACCAAGUGCGAUGUGUUUCAUGAAUUCCCAUUUCAGCUCGACCCGAAUGAUCGGCCGCAAAAAAUUUUAGUGGGCCAAGUGCCUCUGCUAGCUGGACUGGGUCGAAACAGAGGCUCCGAAGCGGCUAGUUUUAGUCACUAUGAGGCGGGUCUCGAAGCCGGUGGUUGUGAUUCGGGUGUCUACGAUCCAUACGAUGCCGUCUAUGAGAAUGGUCAAUGCGACUCAGACGGCGAUAUGGAGGGAAUUGUUGGAGCGCGCCGCAUCUCAGCUUCCCGCCGCAUCUCGGCGUCCCGCCGCAUCUCGGCGUCCCGCACCGGUCUGACAAGCGUAAAGCUGGCUCAAACUGGGUUGACUGCAACUGGAUUGCAGCUAGCAGGGGGGGGCGGCUUGGAUGGUGAACGAGUUUUGACGGGACUCGCAGGUAGCAAUCCAGCGAGUGGCGGGAACGCGGCCGGUUCCACGGACUUUGGCUUGUCCAUGAGCUCGGAAGGUGUGCCGGUAGAGUCCCUGGGGUUAACGGAGUGCUACGUGAUUUGGUUGGUUACCCGGCUAGGAUUUGUGUACGCGUUGAAGUACCUCGGAGGCGGACGUAUUGCACCCAAGGAGUGGUGGUCGAGUACGGCUUUGAAAGGCGUCAAGGGCAACGACUUGCUCGCCGAUCCGGUUCAGGGUCAUAUUGCAUACCUCACUACCCAUGGCGGUUGCGUCGUCACCCUUAACCUUGUCGAGCUGAUCCGACACGAAGAUGAAGACCCGAUUAUUAUUUUAGCACAACCAAGCCCUAUCACCUGCGCAGACAUCACACAAGACGGACAAUACCUGCUCCUUGGCGGCCUCGAUGGCCUUGUCCGCAUCUGGGACGCAAACAAAGGCGCGAUUAAACAUGCCUCCGAACGACCCAAGAUCAAGGAGCACAAACUGAGCUCCGCCAUCGCUCUCUGCGCCUACCUCCAAACCGAUCUCUGA